GAAUUCUGAGAAGUUUGCUGUUCGACGUGUCCUUCGGGCUGCAGCUGAGCUUUGCGUCAAGGAAGUAACUUCUUACGUUUUAUCUGUAAAAUCCUUGGAAGUAAAAGCUGGAUAAAGAUGGAAAGGAAAUUAACGAGGUUUCAUCUUUUUAACUGUGAUAAUACGUACAACUUGAAUUCAGUUGAAGCUUUACUGCUCGAAAUGGAGGAUAAACUCAAGUUAAAGAUUGCAGUUGAAAAGCAUUAUUUUCGCCUGCAUCAGAUGACGGAGAUGUGUGAAACUGCCAUUCCUAAACUGCAGAUGGAUGUUGCCAUUUUUGCCGUUCAUGCUCACGAAUCUCGUCUCUCUAUCAACGAAGAAAACGCUGGAAUUGGUUACGGGAGGCUCUACAGAGUAUUACUCCAAGCGGCGGAGGGUAAAGUGUUACUAGUUAUUGGUGGAGACGAUCAAUACAAAGAUGAAGACGAAGAAGAACGUACUGUGAUCUCGCGUUGGGCUCGAAGGAAAGUGGCUUCACAGUUCAAUGAGGAGUGCCUCGAUGGAAGUGAAAGUUUCAUCUUUUCUUGGAACAAGCAACACCGAGAGAUCCACCAAGAAGCGCUGCUGCAUUACUUUGAUCCAAGCAAGAAAGGACAGAAGUUUCAAUAUCAGCCAAAACCAAAACCAGUACCCUUGCCAAAACCUGAAGAACCUAAAAACACUCCAAAAGAGCCAACGGGUUUGAUGGAUGAAAACGGAACCCGUCAGCGAAGACUAAACGACCUGGAUGGGCAGACAACGAUUGAUGUGGAACCCCCCAGUUUUGAAGCCUCUGGAUAUUUACCCUCAGACUACCCAGAUGGCACUGUGCUCUUAGACACGCGCGUCCUUUAUGGAAAAAUAUCCUACAAAGUAGAGGACGUGAAGAUCUGGGAGCGAGGAUGGAAGCCAUCUGAAAGAGCCGUGCUGGAUCUGGAACGAAAGUGGCAAUCAGUCCCUGUUGCUAAUGUACAGUUUAUGGCCAAUGCUGUUGGUGGAGUUUACUGUAAAGUGUUUGAGGUGCAAUCUCCUGAUACGGGGAUUUUCUCGUGGGUGAAGAGUAUGAUAGUCAAUUGUAAACGCACAACUAUCUGCACUACGGCUUGUAUACUGGGGAUGAUAAUUUUUGGUAUCUGGCGGAUGUCGACCUGGGAGCAGCCUGGGGGCGCACCAGAUGUCAAGUUGCCAGGUCCGAGUAGAGUUUAAGACUGGAUUUAAAACAGGGGCAAAGCGUUAAGAAAGAGGAAUUUUAACGAUGUCUUCACCAGCAACGACACGCCCCAGGGACAGUAGAAACAAUAUUUAGAAAUUGCAAAUAGUCAAAUCAACCUUAAAGUAGAUAAAUAACGUAAAUGACGAAGCGAGCGAAGCUUUAGUACUACUCUAUGUGAAGAGAGACAGGGCAAGUAAUUCCCCCAAGCUAAACUAGAAUCCAGGUCAUCCCCGAGAUUAGCUUGGGGAAAUUAUAUUACUUUCGACCCUUUCGGUCAAGUGUCUUCUCAGUUUUGUUUUCGAUAACUAUUUAUGGCUAUGCGAAGUGUAAGUUCCAGCUACGUUUAUGAUUUAGCUCAAAGCUGCCAGUAGGGUGGUUAAAAUGUCAUGUAAAGCUGACAGUUAUAAAUUAAAAGUAUUACUGUUUUCAUGUUCA